GUAAUGGCGGCAGCUGUUACUGGCCAACAUGUUAGCCGCCUCUUUCACGUCAGGGAUCGCAUUUCUGGCUCGGACUUUUUGGUCGGUACUGGAGCAGAAAUCAGCAUCAUCCCACUCCAUCUCUCCCGCAGACAACAGACAACAGGCACUAAACUGUCCCUAAUAGCGGCUAACGAACCAGUUAUCAAAACUUAUGGAGAGCAAUCUCUUAUAUUAGACCUCGGGCUCCGCAGAAGAUUCACAUGGGUUUUCAUAGUUGCCCAAGUCAAACGACCCAUCCUCGGAGCUGAUUUCCUCAGUGCCUACAAUUUGUUAGUAGAUAUGACCAAGAAGAGAUUAAUCGACGAAAAUACACGUUUACACGUAGAUGGUACACCUUCCAACGACUAUGAAAUCCAUGGUGUACGGAUAAUGAAACCUGCGAACAACGUUUUCAACGAUAUUCUGUCAGAAUACGAAUGCAUCACGAAAUCAGAUUAUCAAAAGGAAUGUAAUCCACAUCAGGUGCAACACCACAUCAUUUCCAUCGGUCCACCUAUUAGCGCCAGGGCGAGGAGACUACCACCAAGCAAGUAGCUAAAAGAGAAUUCGAACAUAUGAUGCAACUCGGUAUUACCAGACCAUCUAGCAGCCCAUGGGCUUCCCCACUACACAUGGUCCCGAAAAAGGACCAAGAUUGGCGCCCCUGUGGAGACUACCGCCGUUUAAACAACCUGACUAUUCCGGAUCGAUACCCCAUUCCUCACUUACAUGACUUUUCUUUGAAUUUACAUAGAAAACGGAUCUUUUCGAAGUUAGAUCUUGUCCGAGCCUAUCAUCAAAUACCUAUGGCACCUGAAGAUAUCGAAAAACAGCCGUAAUCACACCUUUUGGCCUGUUUGGAUUCUUGAGGAUGCCUUUCGGAUUAAAAAACGCUGCCCAAACCUUUCAGAGAUUCAUGGACGAAGUAACCAGAGGUUUGGAUUUUGUUUUUGUCUGUCGACGACGUUUUAAUCGCCAGUUCUUCCAUUGAAGAACACGUUCAGCACUUACACACACUUUUUAAGCGAUUCAAAAGUUAUGGUGUUGUAAUCAAUCCUUCGAAGUGUAUAUUCGGCGCCUCCUCUCUAGAGUUCCUUGGAAAUUACAUUGAUUCACAAGGAAUUAAACCGUUUGAAAAAAAGUCGAAGCCAUUGUCAACUUUCCUGAGCCCAAGUCGAUAAAAGCAUUACGCCGGUUCUUAGGAAUGUGCAAUUUUUACCGACGUUUUCUCCCUAACUGUGCGGCCAUUUUGCAACCUUUGACGGAUUUACUGAAGACUGAUAAAACCGCAGCUAAGACCAAAAAAGAGAAUACCUUCACGUUAACACCUGAGGCCAGAGAGGCUUACGCUAAAGCGAAAUUGAUGAUAUCCAAUGCUACCAUGCUACAGCAGCUAAACACUGAUCCCACAACAAACCUCAUCCUCUGCACUGACGCCUCCCAGAAAGCAGUAGGAGCAGUAUUACAGCAAUGCGUUAAUGACAAGAAUACUCCUAUAGCGUUCUUUUCCAAACGAUUAUCACCAACUCAAGAGCGUUAUAGCACCUUCGGACGCGAACUUCUGGCUAUGUACUUAGCUGUAAAACACUUCAACUUCCUGCUUCAGGGACGUGAUUUUACUAUUAUGACUGAUCAUAAACCACUUUGCUAUUCUUUCGCCACGUCCUACGACAAACAUUCUCCACGGGAAGCCAGACAACUGGAUUACAUUUCUCAAUUCACUACGGACAUUCAGUUCAUCAAAGGCUCCUCCAACAUUGUCGCCGACGCUCUAUCUAGAAAGGAUAUCAACAUGAUGGUGCACAACCGGCUUUAGCUAAACUACAAGUGGACGAUGCAGAUUUGAAGACCUGCAAAGAGAAGUCUAACUUGAAUCUUAAACCUGUACCCAUUCCUUUCUCAGACGCAUCUAUUAUUUGCGACACUUCAACAGGUAACAAUCGCCCCUUUGUGCCGCAACCCUGUCGACGAAAAAUAUUUCAACAGCUACAUGGACUGUUGCAUCCAGGCAUCAGAGCUACCACGAAGCUUAUCACAGAACGCUUUGUUUGGCCAAAAAUCAAUUCCGAUGUUAAACGUUGCACACGUAACUGCCUCCAGAGCCAACGCAGCAAAAUCCAAAAACACACUAUCAGCCCGAUCGGGGAAUUCCCUAUUCCCGACAAACCUUUUCAACAUAUUCAUUUGGACUUAAUUGGGCCACUGCCUCCGUCCAAUCCCUUCACCCACAUUCUCACCGCAGUAGACAGGUUUACUAGAUGGGCCAUAGCCUGCCCUAUAAAAGACACUUCGGCAGAAACAGUCGCUUCAGUUUUCCUCGACCGCUGGAUAUCUAACUAUGGAGUACCAUCAAUAAUCACAACAGAUCGUGGUCCCCAAUUUCAAUCUGUCCUUUUUCAGGAGUUCACUAAACUUCUAGGGGUCAACCACAUUAAAACCACAGCUUACCACCCAGCAGCUAAUGGCAUGGUUGAAAGAUUCCAUCGCCAAUUAAAAAGCUCACUGAUGGCGCAAGCUGACUCAUCAAAGUGGAGCGAUGCCUUACCGCUUGUACACCUCGGUAUUCGUUCAACCAUAAAGGAAGACAUUGGAUGUACAGCCGCCGAGUUAGUCUAUGGUACAACUCUAACGUUACCUGGUCAACUAGUCAACUAUGAACCUACAACGCACGGGGAUUCUACUCAUUUCGCAAGUCGCCUAUUACAAACGAUGCAGAAUAUUAAAGCAAUAUCCCCUCGCGAACACAACAAUCGAGUUCAACUUGAUAAAAACCUUGAAACGUGCAAAUUUGUCUUCGUCCGAGUAGAUGCGGUUAAAAAACCAUUGAAACAACCAUACGAAGGUCCAUAUAAAUUAAUUAAGCGCACACAAAAAUACUUCAUCAUCAACAGAGAUGGCAACAAGCAGACUAUUUCUAUAGACAGAAUAAAACCUGCUUUCUGUGAAGCUACUCAAGUCAAGGAAGACAACGCUGUUGAUAAUCAACCCCUCUCACCAGCGACUGGAAAACCAGUAGAGGAUAAAAAACUUAAUACUAAGCCUUCUUGUUUGACACGCUCCGGUAGACCUAUAAACAAACCCAAGCGUUAUGUCCAUUUCGUCGAUUAAAAAAACAAAAAACGAAAACAAUGCACACACCUACCUAUGUCACACACUACUAAUUUCACCCAAAAAAAAUUUUUUCCUUUCCACAGUGUACAUAAUCACAUUUUUCAACAAUUAUUCGUUUUGUCACAUUUAUUUUUUUUAUAAAAAAAAAUUUUUGUUACUAUACUAAACGAGUAAACUCUAUUUAAUUACACAUUUAUUGUACACAAAAAAAUAAAUAAACAGUUCAUUUUUUUGGGUCAUUAGCAGUUUUGCACAUUAUUAUUAUCAUUGUUAGCCAACCAAGACAUUGAAUGACAGUGUCUUCAUUUUUUUGUGUGUGUGUUUAUCAUGCUAUACUACAUCUCUGUUACAUGUCAUACUCAUCUCCACAUUUUUGUUAGCUAUAACUGUAAAUAUUAUUUUCGUAUACAUGUAUAUAUUAUAUCCUUACAUUUUUUUAUUAUAACUAGUGUUACCUCCGGACACUCUGGGGGGAGCUAUGUGGAGAUAGACCUGACAACCUUAUUUUGUAAAUAGUUUUCAAUGUUAUUUGUAUUCAUUUUGUCAACCUUCCACUGUAUGUAUAUUUAACAUUAAAUGACUGUAACUGCUGUUUUAGUAAAUGACCUUGAACACACUUUCCGUUGUGAUUCUAGCAUAGCGUGACAUAUUCUUGCUGGAUAACAAAUACAUUACUACUCACGCAUCCCUCGUUCUAUUUACGUUUGUGAUUGAGUUAGCUGAAGUCUAAAUCAAAUGUUAUCAUUAUUUAUAGACUGUAAUUGGAAUAUAUCACAUUCUACAUGGGAUUAUAUCACUAGAGAGUUCGCCAACCUGCUCAGAAUAAUCAAGCAUUUAUAAUUGUGGAUUUACAUUACCGGACCUAAUCAGAACACGCAACGUUGGGUCAAUUUAAUUACUAAGUCACACAAAAUCAUGCAACCCGUCAACUCCUGGACAACAUGCGUGUCGAAACAAACAUUCAUGCCCAACCAAAUUACUUACUGCGGAAGAGGAUUGAGCAGCAGCCCUAGAUAACGGUCUGUCUGUCGAUGUGAUAUUUUAUAAGGUCUCUCACUUGGGCAUUGUGGAUAGGCCCUCGAUCUUUGGAUUAGCAGGUGCUGUACAGGAAUUAAUAAAAUGCUUUUUGUGUGACCGAAACAGAGGGUGAAGGUGAACGCACAUUAUCUGAACGGAAAUCGGUCAAAAGUGACAUACCUCAUGGCGCUGUCUUAGACCUUCUACUGUAUCCUCUCUACGUAAAUGUCUUAACACGAUUGCUUCAGUCGAUGGCAUUAUUGUUUGCGAAUGAUGUCAAUAUCUGUAGAAUAAUAAGUGAGGUUAAUCAUUUCGAUCUCCAAGCUAACCUGGACGAAUUAGUCAGAUGAUCCAACGUUGGCGCUUGUAAAUGAAUUCUAGAAAGACUGUGGUAUUGCACACUGGGGAUGGUAACAGUUGCCAGGAUACUAUCGAUGGUACAUCUCUUCAUCUUUACCUGCAUGAACAUCAAUAAGCAGUCAAGCGCCAUGACAUUUCCUCGCUCUUAUCAAUACACGUGGACAACUGCGGACACUCACUUGACUAGAAAAACUAGAAAUCUGGGAUAGAGGAAACUCCAAAAACACCAGAGAAUUUUCAGAAGCUUGACACUCAGGUCAAUCAGAAAUCAACAAGCACAUUGAAUUCAAUUCAAUUUGUCAACCAACCAGAAAAGUUAUGCCCAAACAUACGAACAAAAAUCAAACCAAUGGGAGACACAGCCAAAACAAAGAAGUAAACAAUGACAAGCUUAAGUUCAAUAAGAACCACAUGUGGAGGAAUUCGAGCGCUUCAAUUCUAUCUGAAGUUUGUGCUGAUGAUGUCAUUCACACGAACGAUGAAAGCUACACGACCAAACCAUCCAGCUCAGAGAACAAAACUCAAUAAUAAAUGGUACAUCUCUUUCACGUGUGCAGGAACACAGAAACUUAGGGGUAGUAGUAAGUCACGAGUUGAAAGCAACUACGCAUUGCAACGCAGCGUCUACAAAGGUUUUCGUGCCUUAUGGUUACUUCAUCGGGCAUUCAAGUGCUUUGACGAGAUGGUUGGAAUUUUAUGUACCACACCUGGAGUACUUUAUCGAAACGGCUGGUCCGUGUCCAAUUAAGAACACUAAUUUACUUGAGCGUGUUCAGUGUGAGGUAACAAAAUCAAUGAAAGGUCUUUCCAAACCUCCUUACGACAAGUGCUUAAAAAGCCCGAAUUCUUCCUCUCAUCGUACCUUAGCACGCGAGGUGACCUCAUAUUGACAUUUCGUAUCUUUAGUUACGAUUUCGGUGUUAGUAUAUCUCAUCUUUUCUCUCCUUCCAGAACUAAUAAUCUUCGAGGCCAUAGCAAGAAGGCUCAAAAACCUCGAUCUAAUAAACUGAGAUAGGGGUCCCAUUUUUCCCAUUGAUUGGUCAAUGACUUCAACGCUUCAUCUAAGCAAGCGGUACCAACCCCAUCAGUGAACAUUUUCAAGGAAAAACUGGGACCUCACUGGAAAACUAUUUGUUAGAAUCAACACAGGUCCACUAACCUACUAUUCUUAUUACUUAAGACUGAAGAUGGAAUAAUCUUGUUUGCUCUUCUACAGAGAUUUAUGGUAAGAGAGAUUUUUACAUUGAGUGGAUGUGCUGAACUGAAGUCGAUAUGACGAUUUGAUUGUGUUGGGUAUCGGUUAAUAAUUAAAUAAAUAAUAAGUACGUGGCAGCGUGCUCAUCCAUUCAUAUCGUUAUUUGCUACAAGCCACCAAAAUUGCUGUUCAAAGAGCUUGAAGGUUAGAUGAGAACCAGAAAGUGACAAUAUGCGCAAGUUAUUGAAGAGGUUAGUGGUACUUCUAAGUUUUUGCUCGCUUCCGUUAUUGGAGUACGGUAUAUCGAUCUAUUUGCAACUUACGAACCCAAACUAACAAUAGAACCAUUGUCUAAUUUAGGCACCAUAGUUUAUGAUUGAGAAUAGGUCAAUCAAUCUGUGAUAUAGAUUCUCUUCCUACGCCCACCACUCAGACUCAUGUUUACAAUUUUAUGCUGGAUUAGCUAUCCUACUAAGACAACCUAUGACAUGCUUACUCGGACUUUUACACUAGGAUUGUGUGGCUGACAUAGGAUGGACAAAAAAAGAAAAAAAAGAAUAAAUUAGGCAAUAAAAGAUAUAGUCAUUAGUAUUCUUAAAGCAUCACCCUCUAUAUGCACACUUCCUUAUAAUAAACCGCUUUCCUUGUACCAACCUUGACUUUUCUUCCUUCAUGUGAGUUUACUCCAACUUGUUAAACAUCACAACUCAUCGUUCUUUAUUACUACAUUCUCUUAUAUGGAGCCUAUGACUUCAUUUCACGCUAACAAGAGAUAAUAUGAAUUUAAUCUAAUUUAUCAUACUAUUUAUUGGGGAACAACAAAUGAUAAUCAAAUCAAAACAAAUAUUACACAACCAGAUAGAUAAAUGACGUUACCAAAAAACAGACUACUACACCAAAUUUUCAG